CGCCAUGGGGUGUUAGCGCGGCCGGGCCCGCUCCGCCGGAAAGAGCCGCCAGCGCCCGCCGGCCCCGCUCCGCCUCGCCUCGCCUCGCCUCGCUCUGCUCCGCGCCCCGGCCCCGAGCCCAUGAGCCUGAACGAGCACUCGAUGCAGGCGCUGUCCUGGCGGAAGCUCUACCUGAGCCGAGCCAAGCUGAAAGCCUCCAGCCGCACCUCCGCGCUGCUCUCCGGCUUCGCCAUGGUGGCUAUGGUGGAAGUUCAGCUUGACCCAGACCACGACUAUCCUCAGGGGCUCUUGAUUGCCUUCAGUGCCUGCACUACUGUGCUUGUUGCAGUUCACCUUUUUGCACUCAUGAUAAGUACCUGCAUCCUUCCAAACAUAGAGGCUGUUAGCAAUGUGCAUAACCUCAACUCUGUCAAGGAAUCUCCUCACGAGCGCAUGCACCGGCACAUUGAGCUCGCCUGGGCGUUCUCCACUGUCAUUGGGACUUUGCUCUUUCUUGCAGAAGUGGUGUUACUGUGCUGGGUGAAGUUCCUUCCUUUAAAGAAGAAAACUGACAGCACCCCGCAGAGCAACAGUUCCACCAUCACAUCAGGACAGGCAGCAGCCAUUGCAUCGACGUCCAUUAUGGUGCCCUUUGGGUUGAUUUUCAUUGUGUUUGCAGUCCACUUCUACCGGUCCCUGGUGAGCCACAAAACAGACAGGCAAUUUCAGGAACUCAAUGAACUCGCUGAAUUUGCACGGCUCCAGGAUCAGCUGGAUCACAGAGGUGAUGCUGUUACUUCAGCUGUCACCAAUUUUGUGUAAACCUGUGCUUAAGAAAAUAAACCCACUAUUCUGCUUCUGCCUUAUGGUGACUCCCUGUGGAUGAACUGGUUGAACUGCUGAUUACCAUUUAAAGAAUAAUUAUAAAUAUUGUUCUAACCCUUUAGGGAGGGAAAAAAAAUCUUCCUUUCAUACAAGUUUUGCUAUCUGAAGGAAUGGAUGGUGGGGUGUGACAGCACUGUGUGUGCAUCCCUCCUCCUGUGAACACUGUCUCGCAUCUUUCUCGUUAAUGCUGAAUGGUGGCUGUAUAAAUACAUGGAAAAUAACAUUGUACAUUUGGGUAUUUGUUAGGAAUGGGUAGAGAAGUUGUGGAUUUUUUUUCUCUGUUUAUCUGAUGUUGGCAUUUACUAGAAGAUACUGCUUGUCCUAUCCAUAUUGCAUGGCAUGAUACAAAUUACUUGGGACAGGCAGCAAUUAGCGCUCGCUUUCAGUGCUAGCGCUGCUCUCCCUGGAAAGCCUGACAGAUGGUAGGAGUGAAAGCUUUCCCAGCACUUUCCCCAGUAUGUUUUGCUGCCAAGUAAUUAUUACUUUGCUGAUUUCUCCAGUGCCUUUUUCCCGUGGCACUUACACAUUUUGUAACUUGCUAAACACCCAGGACUAGACUUACUGCGAUGUGGUGUGGCCACAGGAGUAGGAAUGAGACUUGACUUUUCUCUUCCGCGGAAGAAAAUAGAAGCAAUAACUGUUUUAAAGUUCUCAUGAGCUGGCACAUAUUAUCUGGAGAGAUAGAUUUGCCUGUUUCUCUUUUAAGAAUCCUUUUUUUAAAAAGAAGGAACUAGAUGGAAAUUAUCACUGGAUUUUUUUUUUUGCUUGAAAAUCAGAACCACUGCUGUUUUUUUCCAAGCCAAAGUAGGAAUUAUUUUAUACUUUUAUAUUGAAAAAAUAUUUUUAAUAAAUCCUCAGAAGCAAGCAGCAAAAGGUGCUUUCUCUGUGUUGGAUUCCCAAGUAAUUAGCUAUGCCUUGGUCUUCCUUGUUUAAAAAAGUGUUCUCCUUGCUCAAGUGUUGUAUUUAAUAACUCAUUAUACAUUUUUGCUUCCAAAGGAUCUGGAAGACAACUUUUCUUGAUGUAUAUUUAUUUAUGAAAGUAGGUUAUUUGUAAUUAAUACUGCUGCUUUCUUUCAGACACCUCUGUGACGGCAAGGCUGCUGUGUUGUUCAUUUCCUCUGAGCAAAAACCUCCAUUUGGUCUCCUAGAUAGGAGGUUUGGCCAAGAAAGAUUCCAGCAGUUGUCCUGGGCUGCUUCAGUAAUUCUGGCUAUGUCUAGGAGUUGAAUUUUUUGGAGCACAGUUCUUCUGUAGAGUAGCUUUGGGCUUAAAUGAGUAAAAGCUGUUUUUUUCACACGAACUGAGACAAGUUUCAAGCCAAAGGGGAAAAAAAAA